AUGGAUGCAAAGCCUCAGCGACCUUUUCGUCCCCUUCGUGUCCCGGGAGAUGAGAACUUGCUACCCCCUAUCAACCCUGCCGGGAAGACACUCCACCAUCGCAAUAAAUCGACGCCGGCAUUGUCAACACUGGCUGGGCCUGGGAGGGUGAAGAACUCCCUUAAGCGUACAGCUUUUGGGGAUCUUAGCAACACGGCAUGUGCUACGCGACCACUCAGGGAUGAUGCGUCCGUAGCUCCAAAAGGAUUAUCAGUAGUCACUGAAAAGCCAACAUCCCUGUGUCGACCUGCUCAGCGGCCCCUAUCAGUUGCUGGUGCUAAACCUGCCCUACCCAACGUGAUCAAUGCCAAUGCACUAGAGAAGCUGCCUGCUAACCCUCGAAGAGCCACCACCACCACCACCACCACCAAACGCAAUACCGUUUUCAAAGAUACUACACUGUCCUCUGUGAUAGAAUCUGAACCAAUUAAUUCUCAGAGCAACCAGCCCCUUGCUCCUCCGGUGAAUAACAAGGGCCCUGUCGAGUAUGUGGCAGAGCGGUCAGCGACGGAGGGGAGUAGCAAGGCAGUUGUGAAUGCUAAGCCAGUUAAUGUAGCUCAAGGGAACGAUCGGAUGAAAAAGGGCUUGCAACAUUCGUCUGUGUCGAUCAGCUCAGAUGAACCUGCGGCCUUAAGGUCAGAUGGAGUAUAUAUCGAAAAGACCGGAGAGAUCAAGCUUUAUUCGCCUCAUGAAACAGGGGACAGGAUGCAUGAAAAGCCCGUGGCUAGUUCCAAAGCAAAACUAGAUAUCACUAGUAACGCCGAAGCUGUAUCUACGAAGCCUGUUGCUGAUCACGUUGGUAUCCCUUCUGAAAACUCAGGCACUACUCGUGUUAAGCACGACCGUGUACAUCUGCCUUCGGAACCAGAAGAAUAUUGGGACGAGGAUGAUGAUGAUAACUACGAGGAGGAAGAAUACGUUACCGCUCGCUCACAUCGAUCCCGUGAUAAUACCACUGGAGGUGCCACAGUUCUUCUGCCAAAGGUUACACAGAAGGUACAGCGAGAGUUGGGAAUUGCGAAACAAAUUGUUGAAGCAACGCGCACCCCGGAGGAUAUUGAGGAUGAAGCUUGGGAUACUAGCAUGGUUGCGGAGUAUAGUGAUGAGAUAUUCCAGUAUAUGAGGCAGCUUGAGAUGAGACUCUUGCCCAAUGCCCAUUAUAUGGAUAAUCAAGCAGAGAUUCAAUGGUCGAUGCGAUCUGUUCUUAUGGACUGGCUUGUCCAGGUCCAUCAUCGAUUCUCUUUGCUCCCAGAAACCCUUUUCCUAUGCGUCAACUACAUUGACCGAUUUUUGUCAUGCAAAAUUGUUUCUCUUGGCAAGUUACAGCUUGUUGGGGCUACUGCAAUUUUCAUUGCAGCUAAGUACGAGGAAAUCAACUGCCCAUCUCUCCAAGAGAUUAUCUACAUGGUAGACAACGGAUAUACCGCCGAUGAAAUUUUGAAGGCAGAGCGUUUUAUGCUAAGCAUGCUACAAUUCGAGCUCGGUUGGCCGGGUCCCAUGAGUUUCCUCCGACGGAUUAGUAAGGCCGACGACUACGACUUGGAGACGCGGACUCUUGCCAAGUAUUUCCUAGAGAUUACCAUCAUGGAUGAGCGCUUUGUUGGUACCCCUCCUAGCUUCACGGCUGCUGGUGCUCAUUGCCUCGCGAGAUUAAUGCUGAGGAAGGGAACUUGGACGCCUGCGCAUGUGUAUUAUUCAAAUUAUACAUACUCCCAGUUGUAUCCACUCGUUUCGCUCAUUCUUGAGUGCUGCGAGAACCCGGAGAAGCAUCACUCAGCUGUCUACGAAAAGUAUUCGGACAGACGAUUCAAGCGGGCAUCUACUUUCGUCAAGGCCGAGAUGAUGAAGAAAUUCAAGCUCCCAGAAGCAACCCGCGAGAGCUCCGCUGCUCAUCUAAUAAACCUCUUCGAGGACCCAUCCAUCUGGCGCCGUCAGUAA